UGCUAAUGUGCGAGCUUAUGUUGGUGAACAGGUAGCACUGAAAUGCUCUUUCAAAUCCAGUUCUCCCAUUUCUGAGAGCCUGACGGUAGACUGGACGUACCGGCCCAUCACUGGUGGUCAGAUGGAGACAAUUUUUCAUUAUCAGUCUGUUCCAUACCCAACAACAGUGGGAAAGUUCAAAGACAGGAUAUCCUGGGUUGGGAAUGUUGCCAAGGGUGAUGCUUCCAUUGCUAUCGAAAGCCCAGCAAUGAGUGACAAUGGGACGUUCAUCUGCAGCGUGAAGAAUCCUCCAGACGUGUACCAUAACAUUCCCCAAACGAUGCUGAUAGUUACGGAGAGGGGCUUCUCCUUCCAGCUAACUUCAGCGGUGCUGCUGUCCAUUUUAGUGUUUCUGCCUUCCAUCAUUGUGGUAGUUCUGCUGCUGGUAAGGCUGGGAAGAAAAUUUGCAGUGCAAAAGGAGAAAAAAAAAUCUGGCUGUAAGAAAUCUUCCAUCGAAGUGCCUGAACAUACAGGGGCAGGCAGCUGCUUGGGGAAACUCAGAGACUGGUGUCUGAACUGUGUGGACACAGAUGAGGAAGACCCAUACUGA